CUGCUGCAGUUCUGCCUUCCAGCCAUCCUUGCACGCGUUUCGUUCUCCAAGCUACUUUGACAUGCAAGUUGACGUGCCUCCACGCAACAUAGUCCUAUUCGGCGAGAGCGGCUGUGGGAAGAGCUCUAUCGUCAACAUGCUCUUGGAGGAGGAACGAGCACAGACCUCGAGCUCUGCCGUCGGAUGCACCGGGAGAUCCACUCCCUACCGCUGCAACCUCCGAGGCCACGAAUUUACGAUCUGGGAUACCUGUGGCCUCAACGAGGGCGAGCAGGGGACCAUCCAGGACAUGCAAGCCGUAGCUGCACUCUACCACCUGCUCAAGAAACUCCAGGAUGGCGUCAGCCUCCUCGUGUUUUGCAUGCGCGCUCCACGCAUCACCGACACGGCGCACAAGAACUGGAAGCUCUUUCGGGAAAUCGUAUGCCAGAAACGGGUGCCCAUAGUCGUUUCCGUCACGCAUCUCGAGAAGGAGGAGGAUAUGGAUAACUGGUGGGUCGAGAAUGAGCGGGAGUUUCGGCGCUAUGAAAUGAAUCCCGCGCGAGACUUUGGUACGGGGGUGGCUUGUAUUGUCGCUACCAAGGGGAAGAUGAAGAAGGGGAGGUUUGUGUACCAGGAGGAGUAUGACGAAUCGAGGGAGAAGAUGAAGGAUCUCAUCGUGGACAACUAUCUGCGGGUGCCUUGGAAGGUCUCCCCCAUCCAAUGGUUCAACGAGAUUGUCACGACUUCGUACGAGACCGACUGGUGCGGGAACAUAACCAAGGAAAUCCACGAAACGCAUCGGGUCGAAGGGCAAGGAAUCUACGAGCUGAUGUCUCGAUGGGGAGUGACGAAGGAAGAGGCCGUGAAGAUCGCUCAGAUUCUUGAAGGGCGCAAAAAGUGA